CAGAUGGUUAAACUCUGGUUUGAGCGGUAAACAAAACAUUUGAUUGUCAACAUCAAAAAUACGAAUCUCAGUAAAUAACUUGCAUUAACUUUGAUCAAAAACCUCGAUUGAAGUUUUCUUUUAACAUGUCUCACAAAAUACUAGAGCCACAUAAUGGAUCCACUGGAACAAGGACUACAAAAUACGGCCGUGUGGAACCGCAACAACCCUAUCUUCCUAAUUACGAUGACGCUAUAAGAGGUGGUGCUAGAGCCACUCGUGAGGAGAAUAUAGAGGCAGCUCACCACAUUAACCGCCCUGCAGACUCCCAGUGCGAAAUAUCAAAGUGCUUAGAUGUCUCACUCAGACAUGGUUUUAUAAGCAAGGUGUACGGAAUCCUGAGCUUCCAACUGCUGGUGACUUUUGGAAUCGUGUCUGUAUUUGUAUUUGUAAAGCCAGUGAAAGACUUCAUCAAUAGUGAUCCUGAGGCGAACCCUAAUAGACGCUAUUUCAUGCUGGGCAUCGCAUGUGCGGUGUUCUUGGCGGUGGUAGUUGUGAUCUAUUUCUGCAAAACUGCGAGACGAAGGGUCCCCUACAACUACAUAUUCCUUGCCAUACUCUCCAUUGCUAGUGGAUGCAUGGUGGGCGUGGUUGCCAGCAUAGUGGGGGAGGUGGUGGUGGCUGAGGCCACGGCCUGUCUAGUUGUCAUCUGUUUCUGCAUGACCCUCUUCGGCUGCCAGACCAAGAUAGCACUGGGCCCUGUCUUCAUCGUCGUCUUCUCACUUUGCAUGGCCAUACUCAGUCUGGCCAUCAUGUCCAUUUGGACAUACAACAAUAUACUGCCCACUGUAUUUGCGUCCAUCGGUGUCGCUGCUGUUUCCCUGAUUCUGCUGGCGAGCACUUGGCUGAUCCUCAACUGGUCUCGCCAUCACGUCAUGAUGGAGGAGUAUGUAUUCUGCGCACUCAUGCUCUACAUAGAUAUCGUCUUCUUAUUCAUCUUCCUCCUCUUGCUUCUCAAAUCUGACAGGAACUUUGCUUUCAAUUGGAUUAUACAUCUCCGAUUCAUAUUGUUAAGAAUGUCCCUAAAGAUACAAAAGGAGAGGGAACCGAGCAUGGCGCAACUGGAACAGAGAGAAACAACAAUUGGCUUUGUCGACCCGCAACAGUCAUCUCCCCCAAACUACGAUGACGCAACAAAAGAUGAUGCAGCAGCUGAACCGCGUGGGGAUUUGGAGGUAGACUACUACCCAAACAACUAUGCAGACACACACUGCAAAAUAUCACAGUGCACUGAUGCCGCACUCAGACAAGGAUUUAUUUGCAAAGUGUAUGCGAUCCUGAGCUUCCAACUGCUGGUGACUUUUGGAAUAGUUGCUCUGUUUGCAUUUGUGAGACCAGUGAGGGAAUUCAUCAAUGGCGAUUCUGAUUCGAGCUCCAAUUGGCCUCUCAUCAUGCUGGGCGUCGCAUUUGGGGUGUUCAUUGUGGUAUACAUAGUGAUCAUCUGCAGCAAGACAGUCAGACGAAGGGUGCCCUACAACUACAUAUUCCUCACCAUAUUCUCCGUUGCUACUGGAUAUAUGCUGGGCAUUCUAGCCAGCGUAAUGAACCAAGUGGCGGUGGCCGAGUCCAUGGCGUGUCUGGCUCUAAUCUGCUUCUGCAUGACCCUCUUUGGCUGCCAGACCAAGAUAGCACUGGGGCCCAUCUUCAUCGUCCUUUUCACCCUCUCCGUGGCCGCACUCAGCCUGGCCAUCAUGUCCAUUUGGACAUACAACAAUAUGAUGCCCUCUGUCUAUGCUGCACUCAUAGUCGCACUUUUCUCACUGAUUCUGCUGGUGGACACUUGGCUGAUCAUCAAUUCAGGCCACCACGAUGUCAUGAUGGAGGAGUAUGUGUUCUGUGCACUCAUGCUCUACGUCGACAUCAUCUACAUUUUCCUCUACCUCCUCAUGCUGCUAGGUGGAUCCAGCAGGAACUAACUCUGCACACUCUAAACUGGAACAAAUCAAUUACCGAGUCAAUAAACGCAGGAAUUUUUUCAUUGGAAGCAAAUUUUUUCAAA